GAUUGAGCAUUAAGAGAAAGGAAAAAGCAAAAGAGAAAAAAAAAAAAAGGAGGUGUGGAAUAGGGAGAAGAGGUGGAAAACAAAAAAGGGAAGCCGUCCCCUACUUAAGCCAAGUCUGAGAGCGCGCAGGGAUAGAGCGUUCAGAGAUGGUGCACCCCCGAUGGCUUUGGCUGUUGCAGGGCUCCCUCCUCCUGCUGGCCAGAGCGCGGCAGAGCGGCGGCUCCGCCGGCCCCUGCCCCGCCCGCGGAAAGCAAAGUGAGCUGAACUCCUUCCUGUGGACUAUCAAGAGAGAUCCCCCAUCUUACUUCUUUGGCACUAUCCAUGUCCCAUACACACGUGUCUGGGAUUUAAUUCCAGACAACUCCAAGAAGGCCUUCCAGCAGAGCCACAUCGUGUACUUUGAGCUGGACCUCACUGAUCCUUAUACCAUCUCGGCUCUCACCAGCUGCCAGCUCCUUCCACAUGGGGAGAACCUCCAGGAUGUGCUGCCCCGUGACAUCUACCGCCGGCUCAAGCAGCACCUGGAGUACAUCAAACUCAUGAUGCCAUCCUGGCUGACCCCAGACCAGCGGGGCAAAGGACUGUAUGCAGACUACCUCUUCAAUGCCAUUGCUGGUAACUGGGAGCGGAAGAGGCCUGUGUGGGUGAUGCUGAUGGUGAACUCUCUGACAGAGGUAGACAUCAAGUCACGAGGCAUACCCGUCCUGGAUCUGUACCUGGCCCAGGAAGCGGAGCGGCUGAGUAAACAAACGGGUGCUGUGGAGAAAGUGGAGGAGCAGUGCCACCCGCUCAAUGGGCUGAACUUCUCUCAGGUUCCAAAUUUCAUUAAUGCUACACUUCCAGCCCCUGAACGUGUUACUGCCCAAGAGAUAAACACCUACUUCCGCCAGGAGCUCGUCUACAAGCGAAACGAACGAAUGGGCAGGAGGGUGAAGGACCUGCUGGAAGAGUACCCAGACAAGACAUUCUUCUUUGCAUUUGGAGCUGGUCACUUCAUGGGUAACAACACAGUGAUUGACGUUUUGAGGAGAGAAGGGUACAAGGUAGAACACACUCCAGCUGGACAAGCCAUCAACAAAAACCACACCCAAACCUUAUUAGCCUUUUCAUCAUCAUCACCAGCACAUGGCCCCUAUGUCACAUCUCAGGAGCUCACACUGCCGUUGCACCCUGAGGAGACAGAGGAGGAAGAAAGCUUCCCACCUCGCCUGCUGCUCCCUGACAACACUGACAUGCUGGAGAAGGUAGACAGGAAGUACAAAAAAAAGAAGCAUCAGAAGAAGCAAAGACCACGACAGUUCAACGAACUCUGGGUUCGCCUUGAAGAAAGGAAAAACAAUGAGGACACGGCUUAAUUUUCAAAAGGAGUGUCAAAUUAAGCUUCAAGUCUGUCAUAUCUGAAAGUUAAGAGACAUAGCUGUCCAAUAUAUCUGUAUUUCAGGGCUGGUCAUGGUGACCAAGCUGCAACAGACUGAGAUGCUGCAUGGCUGGGACUGCAGGAGCACAACAUAAGUCAGAGGAGCAGGAAGAACUCAGCACCUUGUAUCUUUCAUGCCACCAUUGCUCACCACUUUUUUUUUUUUUUUCUGUGCACAUGACAGAAGACACGACAACGCGUACAUUUUGGCAGGAGCGUGGCAAAGUCACCGUAAAGGAUAUGGCCAUGGUUUUUCUGAGGUACCACUUAAUGCUUUUGCUGUGUGAGCUAGAUAAGGGCCUGUCACGGUUGAAGACAGUUAAACCACAGGCCCGUCUCUUAAUCAGGUAUGCAAAGUUUUUGGACAGAAAUAACUGCAACAAAGGGGCACUGAAAUGGAUGGACUUGAGGAAGACUUCACAAUGGAGUCCAUCUUCUCAUGAAACUGAAUAAGGAUUAUCUUUCUUACUGUAUUAUUUCUCAGAACUCCAGAGAAUGGCAGGAUGAUGGGUCAGGAGAGGUUUAAGUUGGACAUUAGGAAAAGGUUCUUCACCCAGAGGGUGGUGGAGCACUGGAACAGACUCCCUAGGGAGGUAGCCACAGCCCCAAGCCUGUCAGUAUUCAAGAAGAGGCUGGACAACACCCCAGACAUUUUCUGUGAACUAUGCAGUUGUCGUAUGCAGGGACAGGAGCUGGACUCGAUGAUCCUUGUGGGUCCCUUCCAACGCAGGACAUCCUAUAAUUCUAUAAUAGUUCUGGGCAUAGAUUCCUCUUUUUAAAAUAAAGAUAUCUCCAAAAGCAUAGAAGGGAAGAGAGACAUACUGAUCUGCAUUUAUUUGCAGUUUUUAUGAACUGGUAGACACUUUGAUGGUUUUCGUGGUGAGAGAGAUUAAUUUCUGUAAAAGCUCAUUCCAUUUUAGCCAAAACAGUGGUGUUUAGACCAAUCGAUUUUUUGCUGACAUGUUAGAGUAGAUCUGACAGUAGUGUUCCAUGCACCUACAUGAGACACAUCCAAGUUUGGUACUUGCCAAACUGCUUAGAUGCAUCAGGUCUUGUAGAUAUCAUUUAUGUACUCAGUUGCAGGGAAUUACUUCAGAACACAGUCUUUUCAGACUUUGUUUAAUGAUUGAAGCUGAAAGAUUGUCUCUGAUCUGUGAUUUUUUUUUUUUAUGUUUUUUUUUUUUGCCUCUUAACAUAGAAACUUUUAGUAUCUGUAUUUUAUGCCCCAUUAGAAUUUAUUAUUCUGUGUAUGUUUGGAAUUUGACUUUGAAAAUUAGACUACUGAAAAAUAUAGGCCAGCUUGUUUACC